AUGCUCGGCCACGAGGGCUGGGGGGCCGUCGCCGGGGACGACAGCUCCAGCGAGGAUGGCGGCUGGGGGCAGGUCACCGUGAGCCCCCUGCCCUCCGACGGAGGCGUGGGCUCGCAGGGCGAGCCCGACGAGGUCGCCUUGCCUGGCGAGGACGAGCCUGGCGGGGAGCCCGCGCCUUCGGCCCAGGGGCGGCCCGACGUGUUCGCAGACGGGUUGACGGUAGACGAGCUCGAACGAGCUGGAUCGGCCAAGAAAAGGUCGGUGAGGGUGGUGAUUCCGAGCUCGCACUCCCUGCAGGUGUUGGUGGUGAUGCCGAUCUCCCCCUCGCACUCCCUGCAGGUGUUGGUGAUGCCGAUCUCCCCCAUCGCGCCCGCUGCAGGUGUUGGUGGUGCUGCCGAUCUCCCUCUCGCGCCCGCCGCAGGACAUCGCGCACGGCAGAAGCAGUUGGAGCUGGAUGCCGCGCUGUGCGUUGAGAGGCUGAGUGCGCUCGCCGUGGCUCGCGUUGGCUCAUCGGCCGAUGCCCCGCAGGAGACCUUGGGCCGUGCUGGUGAGUACCUCCUGAAAGAGAAGACGUCGAUCCUCCCUUGGCUUGUUGAAUGUCGCGAUGUAUUUGGCAUGCGUCGCGAGAGCGCUGAGAAGUUUUUGUGCGCCACGGCCUGCGCAUCGUUGCUGGUGCAGUGGUGCGAUGCCCGCUCAAUGUGUUCCAGCCUUGUUCGAGAAGUUCGAGAGCUGGGUGGCAGGGCCGUCACCUUUACAGAGCUGUUGAGGUACGACGAGACACCAAUGUACACGAGGCUCGCUGACCGUGAUCAUCUUCCUGCACCUGCUGCGAACGGAUUUCCUGCAGAUGGCGUUGUUCGGCCGAAGCAGCUGGUGCCCAUCAGCUGCACUUGCGAGACGUCCCACGUGGCCAAGCUCCGCAACACGCAAAUGAUGUAUGCGAUGUUGUUUGACAUUCCUGACCCCGGCAUGGUCUCAGUUCAGAUGCCAAUGGAUUGUCAUAUACAGUCGAUGGCCCGAACGACCGCGGAGGCGCUGUACGAGUCCUUAGAUCGGAGCUCCCCGAUGAUGGCCGACGUCGCGGCUUUGUUCGAGCGCGUGCAGAGAGUCGUCACCACCGACGGGGCUAGCUCCAUCAAACGAUACGAGCGGAACUUGGCCAGAGAGCGAGUGGCCACGAGUAGCACUUUGAAAAUAUUGUGCGAGAUACAUCGGGUGUACGGCUUCUACAAAACUGUUUUUCUUCAGGUCAAGUUGCGCACCAGCAUGAUGGCCCAUGUUGCGAGAGCACUCUGCGCGUCGGAUGCGAUGCGACAGUUUCGCUCGGAAUUGCGGCGCGUGAUCUCGAGGGACUUGGUGCACCACGAGAACACCAGGCCCUCGCGCGCAGGCAUUGAGCACAACACUAUGGUACUGGAUACGCUCCUCGAGCCCACCUCGGGCAGCAUGCGGCUGAGGCGAUCCGCCAUCGCUUCCUUGGCCAACGGUCGCUGGUCCGACACGAGCAUCGUGGAGCACUGCUGCCAGGGAUGUUGCGAAUCCAGAGAGGAUUGCGUUUCAAAAUUUAUCACAUUGUUCGUUGCCUGCGUGGCCAAUGGCAAACCGCCUGUGUGGCCCAGCAGUCGAUGGACAGGCUUCGACGAGUGCGCGGACUGGUUAGGAUUGCUGGAGCUUUGCCACGGGCUCCUCACGCGAACCUUCGUCGAGUGGACUGGCUUCGACAAGACUGACCUCGGGGAUCCGCUGGAGCGCAAUUUCGCCCUCGGCAUGUUAGAGAACUUGAACGGCGCUGGGGGGCAUCUCGCAGAUCUCGAGCUUGGCGAGGAUGAGGACGAUGCACGCGCAGGCGCUCGCGGGCAGCAAGAGGGUGGGAAGGCAGCGCAGCAGAAUGAGAUCACCCUCGACGAUCGGCGGAAGGACGAGUCGAAGCACCGUGCGUAUGGGGUCAGGUGGUUGUGGAAGUGUUUCCCCCAAGUCCACCUCAUUCUCAUUCGUCGCAUCUUGAAGCCUCUUCUUCAAAUCAUGAACUCGUACUUGAAGCGGGCAGGCGAGGUCCAUCGCAGGCGCAUUAGCUUCCGCAACUUGCAGCACAGGUCUGGCAUCGGCCCCGAUAUGAUUGUGGACGCCUGUCCUUUGAUCGCAGCAAGCUGCAGCGUGAACGAGACGGACUUUUUCGACUGCCUGCGGACGGUGAUGUGCGCCUCGCGCGAGUGGGAUAUCGUGCCAGUCAGCUGCCGCAUUUCAACGUUGCGCACGCGCGCAUUCUUGAUGCUGAGCCAGCUGGGGUGCAUGUGCAACGGCCUCAGGGAACUCCACCAAGGCUGCCCGUUCAAGCUCUUCCGUUUGAUUGGGGAGCCUGAGUUGGCAACGGGGAUCGUGAACGAUUGCGAGGACCUCAAGGACGGUUGGAGCAAGGCCAUCAUCAGCAAGUACGCGGCUGAGAGCCCCGAUGGUCUGGCUUCCGUUGAAUGCAUCGGGGAGUUGCUUCACGUCGCGUCGGCCACGCCCCGGGAGACGGCGAGCGUGGAGGCCAGCCACGCAACGAUCAGGAGGGCUCUGGUUGGGCUGAGCGUGCAGACGCACGCCUUGCACAUCAAGCGCCUCUCAGCCCAGAGGAUCUGCCAGGUCUUCAGGAAGAAGGGCCGACGACUGCGGAGUGGCUUUGUUCGACCAGCACGGAAGACGGCACUGAAGACCAUUACUCCAUCGAGCGGCGCCGAGGGCCCGAAGAGACGCAGCAGAGGGCACGGUGGCGCUUGGCGAGCUUCCAUCAGAGAGCGCACGCUGGGCACGUCAGGGCGCCCAGACUUGCACGAGGCAUCCUUGGCGCACGCUGCGUUGAGCCCAGAGGAGAAGGCCGAGUAUGCCAAGCGAGGCGCCGUUGCCACCAGGGCAGCGAGAGCAGGCGCAACCCGCCCGUUCGGCGACGACCAGGAGAUGGCCGAGGGCAGGAAGGCGUUGUGCGACAUUGCUUCCGCAGCUGGUGAGAGUGCCCUGGCCGUGCCGAUGGACGUCUGCAGCUUCAGUGGCAGCGCUGCCGCAAUCGAGACAUCCAUGGCCAACAUCGUCGACUUGAACCGCCAGCUUCGUUUGGAGGCGGCGUGCUUGCGCAUGGAAGGGAAAAAGAUCGACGAUGCCCUUGUCAGGUGGUACGACACGGGAGGCCAAGAAUUGGUUCAGUCUAUCUUCGGGCAGAUGGAUGUUUCGGCACAUCGGCGUGGCGAGUUCAUCCCAUCCACUUCAUCUUCAGCCUCCUUGACGUCGUUCGUGUGGGAGUCCCUCGACAUCAGUGAAAGGGUGAAGAGGGCCCUGUCAUGCGGCGAUGAAGUUACUAGGAACAAUCUCACCGAUGUCUUAGCAAACAUCUGGUCUGGAUUUCACGAGACAGUCGGCCACGUUGAUCGUCCAGAGUGGGAUGACGACGAGCCCAAGCCCGCGGUUUGCAUCAGGGUGGGCUUCUGCGUAUGCACAGGUGCUGGACGCGACGUAAAGAAGUUCAUCGAUGGACUUGAUGUCGCCCUGAAGCGUGCUUGUCCACCUGGUAUCAUGCGAAAGCAGCUCCAACCCAAAGCAGAAGGCUUCAUUUUCUUGUUUGGCCAGCGGCAGCCGACGGAGGAAGAGGCCAAGGACUUGAAUCUCGACGCCGACAGUUUCAUCGAUGGGCUUCCGCUUGCUGAAGGGGUUUGGCACCACAUUGACCACCAGAGUCUAUCACCAUGGAGAUCGGACUUUCACAGGAUGAGUUGCGAUUUCAGUUCUGGAGACUUCGUGGUGCCAUCCAGUGCUCGACUGACGGCCACUCAAGAUUUUUCAAGUUCGUGGCGGGCGAUGAUUGAUUUUGACCGAGCACUGCGCUGGUGCGCGUGCGUCUACACUGUAUCUUGGAAGUGCGCCCCCUUGGGUACCAUCACAGCCGACUGCGUCGACGUUCAGCUUAUGGAGCCACCCGUGGAUACAGGCGCGCCCGUCUGUCGGGUUGUGUGGUUGCCCCCCUGGGCGAAGGUCAAGAAGAAGCGAGGGAAGAAGGCGAAGGGGGAGCAGGUGGAGUCUGGCUGGGACCUCGUCCCUCUCCCCGACGCCCCUGGAGACUGCGGUGGCGAUGCUGAUGAAUCCGACGGAGGCGGCGAUGGGCAGUCGCAGCAGGAUCCAGACGAAGAUGGGCACCACGACCCUCCUUGCGCUUCCGGUGGCGCUCUGCUGGACGAGGAGGCCGAGUGCUCCUCCACGAAUUCUGGUGACGUGAAGGACGUGCACGGGGAUGUCUUGUUGGACUUAGAACACUGUGGCGAGUUCCCAGACUUCCCGAGCUCUUCCCCAUCAUCCAAAGCUUCCAGCGUUGACCUUGAGGGCCAGCUCGGCCUGGAGAAGGCGAAGAGGAGCCUGUCGAUCCUGGCG